UCAUAAUCCUAGUUUCCAUUCACUAUCAAAAUCGAAAAGCUCUUCAUCUAUUACACUAUAUUUUCAUAAAAAUAAGCAAAUAUAUGAUGUCUGGAUCUAUGCUGAUGAGUAGCUCGGAGUCUGGAGAUUUGGAUCUUCUGGAGGCUAUUAGGCUACACCUCCUUCGUGAUGAUCAAUUCGAAGACCUCGUCACACCCUUUUAUCGUCCCAUGAUCGUGAACUCUUCUGAUACUUGGAGCUUUAGCCCCCACUUUUUUGCUGAUACUGAUCAUUGUCAGAUUAAAGUGGAUGACUACACCACCGAUGACAUGGUAGUUUUGGGUGAAAACACCGGAUGGAGUCCCUCCGAUGAGGGCACAUCAAUCAAGGAUUUCGUCGAAGAGAGCGGUGAUGACCAGCAGUUGACGGCGGCGCGUGUGUCGAACGCACCGCAAGCGAAGAAUAAGGGGAAUAAGCUUAUGAGUUUCAGGGGAGUGAGGCGGAGGCCUUGGGGGAAAUACGCGGCGGAGAUUAGGGACCCAAAGAAGAAGGGGAAGAGGAUUUGGCUGGGAACGUACGAGACGCCAGAGGAUGCGGCUUUGGCUUAUGACCGAGAGGCUUUUAAGAUUCGUGGAGCGAAGGCUAAGCUCAAUUUUCCUCACCUCAUUGGAUCAGUAACCUGGGAGCCAAUCAGAAUAACCCCAAAGCGCCGUUCGUCAGAACCUUCUUCGUCGUCAUCUGAAAAUGGACCAACGUCCAGUUCGAAGAGGAAGAGACAACAAGUUGGCUCGCCGGAGAGUACCAAUUUUAAAAGUGGGAAUAAUCAUGAGGUGUUCACAGUAAAUCAUCAGUUUGGUUUUGAAGAUGCUUGGUUCAGUAAUUGGAAUGAAUCAUUGAGUUUUGGUUUGCAAUAAAGAUCUCAAUUAGUUCCACUCCGAAGUUGUAAAAAAUUUGUAUAUUUUGAGAGCGCCCGCCCGUCCAGUUCAUGCUACACAUGAUAAUUACUCAUUUAAUUAAUAUUUGCGAAUUCAUGAAAUAAAAUUAAUACUCCAAUUUUUCUUAUUUGAUCUAUGUACUAUGUGUAAAUUGAUCGAUGAACACGUUCUUUAAGUUUAAGACAGAUAUCUGAUUUUACAUGUUUUUACUGUUUACA